CGUGUUGACCUCCACAGUCUCACAAGUCCCUUUAAAGAACGCACACGCAGACUGGCGGACACACAUGCGCGUAUCUCUUUACACGCCAUUCUUCCACCUAUGCGACUCUAGGAGCGCGGCAGCUGUUUACGUCUCUCUCGCUUCACCGUGUAGAAAAUGGCGUUGCUCACGACGUUCUUUGCCUUUCUCUAUCACUUGCCACGUGUUUACAAGUGGCUCCUGAAGCCGUAUUAUGUCGCCUCCUUCCUGCUCUCGGUCGCCUUCCUUGUGGUGCGCAAGACGCCGGGCAUCUGCGAACACCUGUCAUCGCAGCGAGAGGACGGCAACUCCUGUGACUUCGACUGGAGGGAGGUGGAAAUCCUCAUGUUCCUCAGUGCCAUCGUCAUGAUGAAGAAUAGGAGGGCCAUCACUGUGGAGCAACACGUGGGGAACAUCUUCCUCUUCAGUAAAGUCGCCAAUGUGAUCUUGUUCUUCCGACUUGACGUUCGCCUGGGCCUCCUCUACCUCACCUUGUGCAUCGUAUUCCUCAUGACAUGCAAACCACCUCUCUACAUGGGCCCAGAGUACAUCAAGUACUUCAGUGACAAGACCAUGGAUGAGGAGCUCGAGAGGGACAGCCGUGUCACGUGGAUCGUGGAGUUCUUCGCCAACUGGUCAUCCGAGUGCCAGUCCUUCGCCUCUGUCUUCGCUGACCUCUCCCUCAAGUACAACUGCGCUGGCCUCAAAUUUGGGAAGGUGGAUAUUGGCCGAUAUGGAGAGGUGUCAAAAAAGUACAAGGUUAGUGCCUCUCCCCUCUCCAAGCAGCUCCCCACGCUGGUGCUCUUUCAGGGAGGCAAGGAGGUUAUGAGACGCCCACAGAUUGAUAAGAAGGGCAGAGCCGUGUCCUGGAGCUUCACCGAAGAGAACAUCAUCCGGGAGUUCAACCUCAACGAACUCUAUCAGAAAGCCAAGAAACUGUCCAAAGGGAGGGGGGAGAAGGCUGAGGGGUGUCCACCAGUGCCCGAUGAGAGCGAAGGGCAGCCAGAGACCCAGGGAGAAGAGGCCGAGAGCAAGAAGGACAAAUAAAAAAGCUAAAGAUUGCAACAUACUUUUCAAUAGUGAGAUGUUACAGUGGUAUGACAGAAUUUGGGGUUUAAGGUGAAACAUUUUAUAGUUAAGGCAUAAACCUUUGAUUUAAAAAUCAGUUUUUAUUCAACAUGUAAUAUAGCUUUUGAAAAAAAGAUUUAAAUUUGUUUUAUUCUGUAACUGUGACUCCAAGUGAACUAAAUCAGAAGACCAUCUCUUAAGUUUCUCCCUCGCCCAGACUCUACAGGACUAGUCAUCACAUUCUGCUUUUUUGCCUUUUAAGUAGGAUUUGGUACAGGGAGGUCCUUUCAUUUUUGUAUUGCUGGGGAAAUGCACAGUGAAGUGUACUUGUACAUGAAACUUGUAUGUGGAAUGUUCUUGAAGAUGUGCUCAAAUAUACUUUUGUCUUUUGUUGCCAGAUAAGCGCAGUAGACACUAAUGAAGGUAUAAAUUGCCUGGUGAUAGAUAUGAGCUGGAAGCAACACCAGUCCUUUGUUGUCCUUGUGAGACAAAUGUCCAGGCAUUUCAGUUCAGCUAGGGGCUAGUUGAACCCAGGACCCUUGGAAGGUAGGCAGGCUGUUCAUUUGACAUUUUCACUAAAUGCUAUGUAAAAUUCACAUGACAUCUCCACUGCCCUGUUUUUCCUUACAGAAAUAUUCUACCUGCCAAGAUGUACCAGUUGUGUUCAUGUAUAUGUAGUUUUUGUCACAAGAUGUCAUUGAAUUUAAGCAGUUAACAAUGAAAGAUGUGUAAACCUAAACUGGGAGUUUCAUUUCAAGUGUACAAAGAAGGAAAAGUUAUUUAAAUGUGAUGGAGGAACUAUAGUAAAUUAAACAAACCCCUGUAAUUCCAGUGGUGGUGUGCAGUGACACCAAAUCCCUUUAAAAGGCUAAGUAAUUAAGGGUUCACUUGGACUGAAAACCACCCUGGCUCACCAGGCCUGAAUCUGCUUCCCCUCAUUUACAACCAGCCCAAGUAGUGACAUGUCCUACUCCCUUGUCAGAAGUACUGUAAGGUUUUACUAGUUUUAGUUCCUUAAAUUGCAAAGCAGUGAUGCAGGCAGCUACUUGCUGCCAUCAUCUGCCAAUUAUUGCAUUUGAACAGGUAGUCUUACACCACUGAAUCAGCUCUAAUAUCAGACUUACUGACUCCACAACCAUCCUUGUCUGACUGAUAGUAAAUUGAGCUCCUGGCAUGGGUUUGUGUGCCACUGCAGUUUGCUUUCAGAUCCACAUGAAUGUCAGGAAGCUGUCACAGUGAACUGUAUUGCAAGAGCCCAGUGUAUUUACAAUACUAAUAAAUUGCGUAAGUAUGUCUGGCUGUGGGAGCUUUUAAUGUAAUAAAAUUCAAGGGAGCUAUGAACUAAAGAUGGUCAAGGAACAGGAAUAACAGAUUCAGGAGAUUCAUUUCCCUAACCAGCAAAUAAAAGGCAUUGAGAAAAAACUGCAAGUGACCAGAAAACACACUGUGGUAAAACACCUUUCAUAUAUUAAAACUUUCACUUACACAAGAUCAAAACAACUAGAUAGCCUAAGGGGGAAACAUCCUUGAUGCACAGCAGAAGUGUUUCCAUAAUACAUUCCUUUGUUUCACUGUACAACAGUUUAACAUCCUUACACAAUUAUGCUUGUUUAUAUUUAGCCUAAAUUAUUUCACUUUUCCAAGGGAAUCAUGAAGCCUUACAUUUUAUUUAUCAUCCAAUUGCGGGUGGGGUCACAGUGUAAAAUUGACACCACAUAAUCAGACUGUACACAACUUUAUCAGAUUAAAAACUUGACAUUGUACCACUGCAGAAAAAAAACUUACACCACAUACCUGAGCAGGAGCUUCGGUUUUGCCUUGUGGGAUACACUUUCUGUAAAAUGAAUGUGCUACAUGACCCCUGUAAUGCAGGACAUUCCCACUCAAAUAUUCAUGACAGAAAUCCACACAUAGCAAUGAUGCACUUGUGUUUAUUUCCAAGGAUUUAUUAUGUAUGCUCAAUCACGCUUGCACUCAGUCUCACUCAAUCACACACACAUCCAAAAAUAUAUCUUUAAAAUACCUACAAUUGUCUGGGCCUGAAGAUUUUUCUUUGCCGCUGGAUGGUUGUCCAUCAAAACCUUAAACGUUCACUUGAAAACAUGAUGCUGUGCAUUUAACUAAUAAUUCAAGUCUCAAGGGUCAAUCUGACCGGCUGGUCAGAACACAGACCAAAUGCCCAAAGAUGAUUUGUCAAUCAUAUAAAAUGUUUAAAGUCAUGAUGAUUAUUUUUAAAAAAAAAAAAAAA